UUUCCACCUACGAGGAUUGUGGGAAAGAUUUAUUUGGAUGAUGCCAUGAAACCAUCCCCACAACACCGAAACUUAAAGAAGUCACCCCCAGGUCUAGCAGAGCUGGCCCCAGUUCCCUCUCUAAACACUCCCUUGCCCUCUCCCUUUGCUCACUCAUACCGUUCCUCCAAUACGCCAAAUUCUUUCCCACCUCAGGGCCUUUGCACACAUGGUUCCCUCUGCCAGGCAUACUCCUCCUCUAGCUCUCCAUUCAGCUGACGAAGGCUCCUUUUCCUUCUUCGGGACUCAGCUCAAAUAUUGACUGCUCUGCUAGGAGAGGCCCUUCCUGACUCUCUGCCAAGAGGAGACGCACACACAUCUAGCCAUAGUCACAUGGCUCAGAUGUUUCAUUUUAUUUUUCAGUGCUUUGUCACAAUAUGAAAGUCAAUUCCCUGAGGCAGAGGCCUGGACAUUGAGUGUGUGCUCCAUAAAUUCUUAAUUCAAUAAAUACUAUCGACCCUUGAACAACGUGGGGGCUAGGGGGUGCAUGCAGUUGAAAAUCCACAUAUAACUUUUGACUCCCCCCAAACUUAACUACUAAUAGCCUAUUGUUGCCUAGAAGUCUCACCGAUACCAUCAUCUAUUAACAUACACUUCGUAUGUUAUGUGUUUAUAUACUGUAUUCUUACAAUAAAGUAAACUAGAGAAAAGAUGUCAUUGAGAAAAAUCAUAAAGAAGAAGGGCACCUGGCUGGCUCAGUUGGUAGAGCAUGUGACUCUCGAUCUCAGGGUCACGAGGUCAAGCCCCGGGAUGGGCGUAGAGCUUACCAAAAAAAUAAAAAAUAAAAAAUAUAUAUAUAUAAUAAUGAAGAGAAAAUACAUUUACAGUGUGUUGAAAAAAAUCUGCCUAUGAGCGGACCCGCAUGUUGUUCAAGGCCUGUAGUUACUGUGGUGUAUGAGACAAGGAUGCUUCUCAUGAAUGAAAAUAAAGUAAAGAAUGACAUUAUAAAGGGUUGAGGAGAGGAGGUGAAAUUCUAAAUGGACAACCAAAGGUUUCCCUGACCUUUGAAUAAAGCCCAGACAUUGGUAAGGAAGGAAUAUUUGGGGGAGGAGCUUUGAAGCAGAGGAAAUAGCAAAUACAAAGGCCCUGAGGUAAGACCGUGUCUGAUCUGCCCCAGGAAUGGCAGAGAGCCCAAUAUGCCUGAGGUAGGGGACUGAGGGAGAAUGUGGAGGGGGUGAGGUCUGAGAAGGAACGGGGACCAGGUGAUGCAGGGCCGUGUGGGCUGUGGUGAGGACUUUGGCUUUUCCUUGGAAUGCAAUGGAAGCCAGGGUGGGGUGGGGCCCUCUGAGCUCCGGAGCACCCGGAUCUGACUUAGAUGUUAACAGGAUCCCGUGGCUAGGGGGCAAGGAGACCACAGUGCAGGCUGCUUCCUGCAAUGAUUCGGACAGGUGACAGUGCUGGACAGAACCAGGAGGAACCAGCUGUAGAAAGAGACUAUGACACGGUGCAGACUGUGGGCAUGACUCUGGCCACCAUAUUGUUCCUGCUAGGCAUCCUCAUCAUUAUCAGCAAGAAGGUGAAGUGCAGGAAGGCGGACUCCAGCCCAACAUGCAAAUCCUGUAAGUCGGAGCUUCCCUCCUCAGCCCCUGGAGGUGGCGGUGUGUAAAACCAGCCCUGGGCACCUCCACUGCUGUCCCUGCCUGAGUGCGGAAGCCUGAGGACCGGGUGGAGGCGGUGGGGACCCCAGCCUUGCGCCGGGGAGCGCUCCCCCGAAUGAGCCGCCCCACCCACCCGAGGCUGGAGCCGCUGCACCCCGCUGCCCCUCCCCAGGUCUUGGCAAUGACGAUCCCCCAAAGAGCCCGUCUGCAUCCCAGAUCCAGGGACUCAGGCCUCCAGCUCCUGGGGUCCGGGAGUCCAGCCGCAGCCCCCCAGAAUCCCCAUGUACUGCUCCCCUGCACCUCCUCGUCUCCCCUCCGAAGAUCCGAUCCGUUUCCCUGCACCCUCGGUGUCUAUGUCUUGAGCUUAAUAAAUGUGCAUUUGGGUUUUUCCCCC